AUGCAACAUGUCUUCUUCCUUAAUUUUGUGAAAGUACCAUUUCGUAAUUAUGGUAACCUAAGCGCUUUUGGAGUCUCAGUGCGUGGAAGGAACUUCUACUUAUCAGGAAUCGAUGGAGUUCGUUUGGGAUGCUGGCAUGUAUUGCCUAAAAAAAUUUCUGAGCAACUUGGGGAAGAUUCAAGUGAAGCCGAUAUGGAAAAAACGUUGUCGGAACCUGGGUACCCAAUUUUUGUCUAUCUGCAUGGGAAUGCUAUGGAUCGUUUUUUUCUUGAAUGUUUGGCUAUAUAUAUAUAUUUUUUUUUCAGAUCAACGAACCAUCGUGUGCAGUUGUAUAACGUUCUUUCAUCGUUAAAUUUUCAUGUCCUUGCCAUAGACUAUAGAGGAUACGGUGAUUCUGAAGCUUUCCCUACAGAAAUUGGUUUAAUUGAAGAUUCAAGAACGAUUAUUAAAUAUGCACGGAAAUUUUCUGAAACGAAUAAUGUUUUUGUUUGGGGUCACUCGAUGGGAACUGGAGUGGCUAUUGCAACUGUGGUGGCAAUAAGUGAUUCAUCAUACACACCACUUGGUUUGGUCUUAGAAGCGCCAUUCAACAAUCUCCAUGAUGUCAUUUUUAAUCAUCCAUUCUCUUCACCGUUCCGUUGGAUGCCACGUUUCGAAGAUAUUUUGGUCAAACCACUUCAAGCAUCUGGACUUAGGAUGAAUUCUGAUACUCGUAUUGGAAGGUUGAUUGGUUGUCCCAUUUUAAUCAUGCAUGCUGCUGACGAUCAAACGAUUCCGGUUAAGCUGGGACGUCUUUUACGCGACUCGGCGGUAAAGAAAAAUCGGGAUGUUAAAUUUGUGGAGUUUGAUGCUAAACGAGGCUUCCAACAUAAAUUUAUACAUCUUGCAGCGGAACUGCCUUCAAUUCUUUUGUAUGUUUUUUUCCUUAACUUUAACCUUUAA